GGGGUGCCCAUCUCGUUUCUCUCAGCUCUCCUCAUUGUAAAAUGGAUUACCAGAAUCGUGUCGGUUCCAAGUUCGGAGGUGGUGGUGUGGCCGGUGCUUCGGAGACCAAUGUAGACAGGAGGGAGCGGCUGCGGAAGCUAGCUCUAGAGACUAUUGACCUUGCCAAGGAUCCCUACAUUCUUCGCAACCAUCUUGGCUCACUCGAAUGUCGACUAUGUCUCACCCUCCACACCAAUGAAGGUUCCUACCUUGCGCAUACUCAAGGAAAGAAGCAUCAGACGAACUUAGCCCGACGAGCUGCUCGCGACUUGAAGGAGACGCAGCUCAUGAUCGCGCCGACCCAGCAAAACGUCCAUAAGAAGGUCUUCCUCAAAAUUGGUCGACCUGGAUACCGUGUUACGAAGGUCCGCGACAGGGAUACUGGGAAGGAAGGAAUGAUGGUUCAGGUCCACCUUCCGCAAAUCAAGCCCGGUAUCAUACCCCGCCGACGAUUUAUGAGCGCGUGGGAGCAGAAGCGAGAGCCACCAAACAAGGCCUACCAAUAUCUCAUAGUUGCAGCCGAACCUUAUGAGACCAUCGCCUUCCGUAUCCCCGCACGAGAGAUCGAGGAUGAGUCAGACGAUGCUGGCUAUUGGAAUUGGUCGCACUGGGACCCCGACACCAAGCAGUACAGUUUCCAAUUCAUGUUCCGUCUCCAGUACUGAUUGUAUACUACUGCCUACUCUGUAUCACCGGAUAUGCAAUGCAAUGUACAAGUCUCU